UAAUCGGCUGGAAAAUCUUGCAGGAGCAGCUGACAUAUGACUGACAUGUACCCGUGCUAGACUUGGAGAAAUCAGAAACAAACAACAAAAACCCAAUCCGUCUGUGACUUGUGACAAUGGUUUUGCCUCUGAACGAGCAAGUCGUAGAAGUAGAGGGGAAAAUCUCAGGAAAUGUCCAGCCAACGAUUCCAGCAUUGCACCCCAGUAGACGCGAGGAUAUAGAGUUUGUCCUGUACGUUCCGCCGCCUACAGAUCUCUCGGAUCGAGGAGGAUAUGAGGAGUGGAUUGAGAGGAUGAGAUUUAUUGAAGAGGAUUUACAUCGUCUGUUACAGCUGCCACAUGACAAGUUCUGGUGCCAGGCUGUGUUUGAUGAGAAGCUGCACAGAUGUCUGGAUGCAUAUCUACGCCAAGCUCCGCGGAGUUAUGACCUACUGAGUCAUCUACCAGGAGAAGCCUUAUCCCUUCACCAGGAGAUUCACCGACUCGUUUUCAUGACUUAUCUGAGAAUGGCGACUCAUAAGGAGUCUAAGGAAAGCCACAUCGGACCAAAAGUUUUUGGUGACAUUUUGUAUGAGAACUUUAUCUUCGACAUACCUAAGCUGAUGGACUUGUGUGUUCUGUACGGCCGAGAAAAUGGCCCCCUGCUGUCCAAGAUGAUCACGAAUGUCUUCACACAGCAGCCAAAAUACAAGGACGAUCUGAGAGCCACUCUGCCAACUGUUUGUCAGGUGUUUGACAACAUUCGGAUGAAGUGCGGUGUCGGACCGGAAAGUGGGAGUGGCCUGUCGCCACAGAAACUAGACCAGACCCAGAUUACCCAAGAUCCUCUGGUUACCAUGACAACAGAGGAGUUUGAAGAUGUUAUUUAUUACCUGUCUGACACGAGCAUCACAUUGUCGGUGUUUUUGGAGGUGUAUCCAUAUGCUUGUCCUAUAUUUCACCACUCAAGAUUUCCUCAGAGACUGGCAGUGUUUUAUGAUGUGCUAACCCCCGUCCUUGCUCAGGCUAUCAAGUCACGCUCACACAAGAAUCAAGGUUCAAAACUUAUGUUGAAGAGGAGACUUCAGCAGGGUCGUAAACACCUGAUUAAAGCUUUCCAUCAGAUCAUCCAGGUGUGCUGUAUACUGCCCAUACUCAAUCACAGUUCUCAGAAACUGUGUGAUACUCAACAGAGCGUAGAAGCAUUUUUGGACAUUUUCUCUGACAUUCAGGGGGAGAGAAGGUUUCUGGCUGACUAUGAGAGUCAGCACAUGAUCCAGGAUGCCUUUGAUAUUCUUCUGCAGGCAGAUUGUGUUGUAGACGAGACCAGACUCCUGUUCAUUCAAGAUGGUAUAAACAGUGCUUUUGCAACUUUCGGGAAACGCAAGAAACCCAAGGGAGCCAAAAAGGCAGGGGGAAGAGGAAGUCCUGAUGGAAGUGCUGGUUCUGACGAAGGCGGGGCUACAGGAGGUGGAGCUUCUGGAGGUGGAGGAGGAGCAGCAGCAGUAGGAGGCGGAGCUUCUGUUACUGACACCCACAUGGAAGCUUACCAUCACUCAGCUUUUGAAGGAGAUGGUGCGUGUGCUCGUACGGUGACGGGUGUGGAACUGGACUCUCUGAUCUCUGCCAUAAAAGACCUUCUGCCCGACUUAGGGGAGGGAUUUAUUGAGCGUUGCCUGGAGGAAUACGACUAUGAUCAGGAACGUGUUAUCAACUCUGUGCUAGAGGACAAACUUCCUGUCCCGCUCCGUGACCUUGACAGAACCCUGCCCAGGCACGUAAAUAUAGGCCCAGAAAAGGAAAAGCCCGUCAGCUAUCUCUCUGAGCGUCGCUCCGUGUUUGAUUUCGAUGAGUUUGACGUGUUUAAUCGAGACACGGUGGACACGAGCAAAAUAAGUCAAGGAAAGAAAGAGAAAAAUCCACUGGGUAUGAACGCAUUGGAUGACAAGUCAGAACUGGCUGACCUUCGACCUUUGUAUGAUCGAUACGGCAGUGGGGUCAUGGGCGAGAGUGUGUACGAACCAGAUAUUUACGAUGACGAAUAUGAUGAUACGUACGACACUGGCAUUAUCGGAGCUGACGAUGCCGAUUCCGCUGAUGAGCUGACGUCUCGCAGGGCUUUUAUUACACCAAGAGUUUUGGAGAAACCAAAACGUCCAAACCAAGAACUGCCCGAUGGGUCAGAGGAAUCUUCAGAGGAGGAGGUAAGAAGAGAUCAGUUUGUGGCAGACCCUGCUGUUCUGCGAGCAAAAGCUGAAGAAAGAGCGCAGUCAAAGGCACAAAGAGACGGGAGAAAACGUGGGCAAGGUCAAGGUCAGAAGUCUCAGACUCAACCCAAUCAAGCACAGGCAAAUGAUCAGCAGAAGAAACAAGGUCAAGGUCAGAAGGGAGGGGAUGGAGGUCAAGGUCAAAAGAAGUAUGAUGUCAAGGGCAAACCUAAAGGUCAAGGUCAGGAUGCCAAUGUGACGCGAAAUAGAAAUUACAAAGACAAGCACAAGUCAACAGUGGCAAAUCAUAAUCGUAAAGCCAUGGCUGACAAGAAGAGGAAAGUUUGAGGUGACUGCUCUGCUUCCAGGUCAGAUGACAGACUGUGGCGGGCAUAUUUUUGUUCCCAGACAUGCCUUAUAAUCUAGACCCAGGUCGUAAAGCUGUUGUGGACUUCAAUUCAGUAAAUAUUCAGUAAUUUGUGUCUCUUUUCGUGUCAGACAGCGGUGAUUAUUAAUGGAAAUAAGUUACACAUUCUUGAUUAUUGAUAUAACUAAUUCUUUUUUCAGUGUUUCGGAAAAUCAUUAAUGUUUUGCAAUAUUAAACUCAUUUUUAUGAUGACGUUCUAGUUUACGUUUGGAUGUUUAGGAAUAUGUUUCAUGUUAAUUUAAUCAUGAGAUUCCAUGUGUAAUUUGACCAUGACUAUUAUUUUUCUCCCAAUAGAAUAUAAAAGUAAAAAAAAUUCUAUCAAGUGGGAUUUCUUGGCUUUUUAAAUGUUUGACUUGUUGUCAUUUGUACAUAUACAUGUGCACGAAAGCCUCAUUAGUAAUUGUAAGUAUUCUCACAACAAAUUCACAUUUGAAUGAGUAGGCUAACUUAAAUUUUUCUUGCAAGACAGAACAGAAAUUGUUUAAGGAGCUGCUGUUAGUGGGAGAUGUCUGGCUUUUCAAUCUGUGCUUGAAAUUGAUAUGGAAAGAAAAUUGAGACGUUGGUGGUGGUAAUUUAUCUGACAAAUUCUCGGAUUGGUAACAUUCAUUGCCAGUGGAAAAUAUCCCAAUUGAGUACUUCACCAGUAAUUUAACUGUAAAUGGGAAAAUGUGAAUAUUCUAUCAUCUUUUAACCAGCAUUUACACAGAAAAGAGUCUGGAACUAGGUUCAAUUAGAUCUAUAAAGACCUAUGAUAUUUUGUCAACUACGUGUUGCACUUUUUGUUGAGAAAUAUUAAAUUGUUAAGCUGUCUCGUACUGACCUCUGCGCCAGUUGUUUCGCUGAUCGAAGU